AUGAAUCCAAUAGAACAUCUCUGGACUCACCUAAAAACAAGAAUAAGGGAAAGACAGCCAAAAAACAUUGAUGAGUUAAAAAGGAUAACGCAUGAAGAAUGGGACAGGAUUGAUCCGGAUUUCUGCAAAAAGUUGGUCGAAAGUACGCCAGAUCGAGCUGAAGCCCUUUAUAAAGCAAAGGAAAUCAAAGAAGCCAAGUAUUAUGGAAUCACUGUGGAUUCUACACCUGACGUUAGCCAUACGGAUCAACUCUCCAUAGUUAUUAGAUAUGUCUCAAAAACUGGAGAUAUAUAUGAAAGAUUUUUGAUGUUUGUUAAAACAGAAAAACAUGAUGCCAAGUAUCUUUUUGACACUCUAAUUUCAGUUUUAGAAAAUCAGGGAAUAGACCCAAAAUUUUGCAGAUGUCAGUCUUAUGACAAUGCGGCUAAUAUGAGCGGAGUGUAUUCGGGAGUACAAACUAGAUUUAGGGAAAUCAACAGCGCAGCCACUUGGGUACCAUGUGGAGCUCAUAGUCUUAAUCUAGUUGGCACAGCGGCGGCAGAAAGCUGCUUAGAAGCUAGACCAGAUGGUCAGCACGUUGAGGCUGUAAAAACAUUAUGUGCCCAUUAUGAUGAUAUACGUGGGUAUUCUUACAAUAUUUCAACUAGUGAAGGUAUGAAACCUACAACAGUGAUUGAGGCACAAACCUUAAUCCAUCAAAUGAAUACUUUGGAGAUGGUAUUACUCACAGUUAUUUGGGAAGAUCUACUAAAACACGUCGAUAUUGUAAAUAAAUCUCUUCAAGAACCUGGCAUCGAGUUUUAA